AGAAGGGGGUUGGGUGGCGGUUUAACUCCAGAGUUGUUGCGUUCUGAACCUCCCCGUUCUCCAGUGAUGUUUACUAUUGGAAGCUUCCAAGCCCCCCCUCUAGUGCUCACCGCUAUGCGCGACUCCGAGAGCCAGAGACUGUGAGGCUCGGGAGUGACGGCUGCCGGGACUCUCCGCUGUGCUUCCCGUUCUUCUGUCUCGUCCCGCUGGAUAUGUGCUGAGCGCUCCGACCCUAGAGAGGUACAGGGAACCUGCAAGCAGAAAUUAGGCCAAAACAAGACAAGGGCAGCGUGUAACAGGCAUCAUAAUAAGAUUUCUUCACGCACCAUUAAUUCCAAUGGAGCAUAUUCAGGGAGCAUGGAUGAAGAUCAGCAAUGGAUUUGGUUUUAAGGACUCCGUGUUUGAUGGAUCCACCUGCAUGUCUCCAACCAUUAUGCAACAGUUUGCAUAUCAGCGGCGAGCCUCUGAUGAUGGAAAGCUGGGUGACUCCUCAAAGGCGAGCAGUACCAUCAGAGUCUACCUGCCGAAUAAGCAGAGGACUGUUGUUAACGUACGGAGCGGCAUGAGUUUACACGACUGUCUUAUGAAAGCUUUGAAGGUGCGAGGCCUCCAGCCAGAAUGUUGUGCUGUUUUCCGCCUUCUACAAGAUACAAAAGGAAAACAGCGGCUGGACUGGAGCACUGAUGCCAUGUCCUUAAUAGGGGCAGAGCUGCAAGUGGAUUUCUUGGAUCAUGUCCCACUCACAACCCAUAAUUUUGUACGAAAGACUUUCUUGAAGUUGGCCUUUUGUGACAUCUGCCAGAAAUUUCUUCUGAACGGUUUCCGGUGUCAGACGUGCGGGUACAAGUUUCACGAGCACUGCAGUACCAAGGUCCCGACCAUGUGUGUGGACUGGAGCAAUAUCCGGCAAUUACUCAGAAUGUUUCCAAAUUCAAAUAAUGUAGACGGUAGCACGCCUUCUUUACCAUCAAUGCGGCGGAUGCGAGAAUCUGUCCGUGGCCCAGCAAGCUACCAGCACAGAUAUUCUACUCCUCAUGCCUUCACCUUUACAACGCCUAAUCCAGCUUCAGAAUGUCCCCUUUCUCAAAGACAGAGAUCAACAUCCACGCCCAAUGUCCACAUGGUCAGCACAACAAUGCCUGUGGACAGCAGAAUGAUAGAGGAUGCUGUAAGAACACAUAGCGAAUCGGGGAGUCCAAAUAACUUGAGUCCUACAGGAUGGUCUCAGUCCAAAACCCCAGCUCCAACGCACAGAGAGAAGUCUGCCAUGUCCAGCAGCCAAGAGAAAAAUAAAAUACGUUCCCGCGGGCAAAGAGAUUCCAGUUACUACUGGGAAAUAGAGGCAAGUGAAGUAAUGCUGUCAUCCAGAAUAGGAUCAGGAUCUUUUGGGACAGUAUACAAAGGCAAAUGGCAUGGUGAUGUGGCGGUAAAAAUCCUUAAAGUUACAGAUCCAACCCCAGAACAGUUGCAGGCCUUUAGAAAUGAAGUUGCUGUUCUCAGGAAAACACGGCAUGUGAAUAUUUUGCUCUUUAUGGGCUACAUGACGAAAGAAAACUUGGCUAUCGUCACACAGUGGUGCGAGGGCAGCAGCCUCUACAAACAUCUGCAUGUACAAGAGACCAAAUUCCAGAUGUUCCAGCUGAUAGACAUUGCCAGACAGACAGCACAAGGCAUGGACUAUUUACAUGCAAAGAACAUUAUCCACAGAGACAUGAAGUCAAACAACAUCUUUCUCCAUGAAGGCUUAACAGUGAAAAUCGGGGACUUUGGACUGGCCACGGUCAAGUCUCGGUGGAGCGGUUCUCAACAGGUGGAGCAGCCGACUGGUUCGAUCCUGUGGAUGGCUCCAGAGGUGAUUCGGAUGCAAGAUAAUAAUCCAUUCAGUUUCCAGUCAGACGUUUAUUCCUACGGCAUUGUUCUGUAUGAGCUGAUGACCGGGGAGCUGCCAUAUUCUCACAUCAGGGACCGAGACCAGGCCCCCAUACCCAUUAGAGAAAAGUCUCCCAAACUGACCAGACAGCUAUCCUGUGUAUAUGAGGCCUCCCAACUCUCCCAUGACAGACGAUGUAGGGGGAAAGCUGAAUCGAUUAUAUUUUUGGUCGGCCGGGGGUGUUUGGUGCCAGAUCUUAGUAAGUUGUACAAGAAUUGUCCUAAAGCAAUGAAAAGGCUGGUAGCAGACUGUGUGCAGAAAGUCAAGGAAGAAAGACCCCUGUUUCCUCAAAUCCUCUCCUCCAUUGAGCUGUUACAACACUCUCUCCCCAAAAUCAACCGAAGUGCUUCAGAGCCCUCCUUACACCGCGCCACCCACACAGAAGACAUUAACUCUUGUACGUUGACGUCCACGCGGUUGCCGGUUUUCUGACGAGACCGCUGCCCGCACAGCUUCCCUUGCCUCCUGGGUCUUCUCAAGAAAAUAACAUUUUUGUUUUAAAUAAGCUGAAACUGCUUUGUCUCCACCCGUUCAUUUUGAUCUUAUGAAGAAAAUGCUGCUAUUAUUGCAUUUCCGAAGCAGUCAUUGCAGAUACGAUGAUGGCAAAUGAAGUGGAGGAUAAAGAACUUUUUUCCCCUUUGUCCACCAUGCACCUCUUGAGCCAUGAACUACCAGUCGCUGGCCUCUGAUGAAUUUGUUACGGGAAAUAUAUGUGUUACAUAGGGUGCCAAUGGUUCAUUGAGGCGCCUAAGAUUGGUCGAUUUGUAAAGGUCGAAAACUUAAAUAAAAAUAAGUCACAUGAU